ACUGCUCCGGCUCUAGCGUACUGGCGGAGACAGACGUGAGAGCUCGGCGCCCAGGGUUCGCGCCCGGGCACUUGAGGGGCUUUGGCUCCUGGCCCAAGGACUCCUCAGAUUUCUCCUGCCCUUUUCCCCUCGGGCAGCGGAGGCGAGCACCGCGAACGCCGUGUCCCGAGCGCCGCCGCCUGCGGAGGCCUCACGGGCCGGGAAGGGAUGCGGGUGAAGGGUUUCGGCUGCGGGUGAGGUGGUGUUCCCCGACCCACCCGGGUCCGACUGCUUGUUCUCGCCGUUCAGUAACGAGAUGCAGACAGACUGGGAAAGAACGGAGUUUAUUUCUGCAACAGGUUACAGGGAGAAGGAUACAGUACAGGAUCCUUUCUGGAAUGGAGGUCUUAUGAGCUGCUAUCGAACACGGCAGAGCCUGUUGGUGACCUGCACACAGGAGCCCUCCAGUCAGUACUGAUUGAAUUACUCAAGGCUGCCUCUCUGCAAAGUUGAGGUAGCUCAUGGUGCUCCCUUCCUUGGUGCAGACGGGCAGUUCAAACCACACAAACUCCAGCCUGUGGGAGAGGGAUCCUUCAUCCUGGACGCGCCUGCCCUCUGCCCAGCCACUAUAAAAACCAGAGCCACGUGCCCCUUCUUUUGCUUGAGUGUGGGCCCUGCUGUCCCCAGAAAGCCUCAUUACCACUACAGGACGUCGGGACUGGGCACUUCCUUCCAACAUGGCCGCCACUGCCUCUCCGCAGCCACUCACCACUGAGGAUGCCGAUUCUGAGAAUAGCAGCUUCUAUUACUAUGACUACCUGGAUGAGGUGGCCUUCAUGCUCUGCAGGAAGGAUGCAGUGGUGUCCUUUGGCAAAAUCUUCCUCCCAGUCUUCUAUAGCCUGAUUUUUGUGUUGGGCCUCAGCGGGAACCUCCUUCUUCUCAUGGUCUUGCUCCGUUACGUGCCUCGCAGGCGGAUGGUUGAGAUCUAUCUGCUGAAUCUGGCCAUCUCCAACCUUCUGUUUCUGGUGACACUGCCCUUCUGGGGCAUCUCCGUGGCCUGGCAUUGGGUCUUCGGGAGUUUCUUGUGCAAGAUGGUGAGCACUCUUUAUACUAUUAACUUUUACAGUGGCAUCUUUUUCAUUAGCUGCAUGAGCCUGGACAAGUACCUGGAGAUCGUUCAUGCUCAGCCCUACCACAGGCUGAGGACCCGGGCCAAGAGCCUGCUCCUUGUUACCAUAGUAUGGGCUGUGUCCCUGGCCGUCUCCAUCCCUGAUAUGGUCUUUGUACAGACACAUGAAAAUCCCAGGGGUGUGUGGAACUGCCACGCAGAUUUCGGCGGGCAUGGGACCAUUUGGAAGCUCUUCCUCCGCUUCCAGCAGAACCUCCUAGGGUUUCUCCUUCCACUCCUUGCCAUGAUCUUCUUCUACUCCCGUAUUGGUUGUGUCUUGGUGAGGCUGAGGCCCGCAGGCCAGGGCCGGGCUUUAAAAAUAGCUGCAGCCUUGGUGGUGGCCUUCUUCGUGCUAUGGUUCCCCUACAAUCUCACCUUGUUUCUGCAUACGCUGUUGGACCUGCAAGUAUUCGGGAACUGUGAGGUCAGCCAGCAUCUAGACUACGCACUCCAGGUGACAGAGAGCAUCGCCUUCCUUCACUGCUGCUUUUCCCCCAUCCUGUAUGCCUUCUCCAGUCACCGCUUCCGCCAGUACCUGAAGGCUUUCCUGGCUGCUGUGCUUGGAUGGCACCUGGCACCUGGCACUGCCCAGGCCUCAUUAUCCAGCUGUUCUGAGAGCAGCAUACUUACUGCCCAAGAAGAAAUGACUGGCAUGAAUGACCUUGGAGAGAGGCAGUUUGAGAACUCCCCUAACAAGGAGGAUGUGGGGAAUAAAUCAGCCUGAGUGACCAAAUUUUGGUCUGGUGGGAACAGAUGGGAACCAGCUCAAUUGGGUGUCCACUCAAAGUGCUCUCUCCAGGGGCCUCAGUGACUGUGUUGCUAAACCCAGUGGUCAGUUCUCAGUUCUCAGCCAUCAGCAGCAUUUGCUCGCCCCUGCCUUCUUCCUUCACUUUCUUCACUUGCUUCCAGGAUACCACGCUUUCUUUUCUGAAUUGCUACAAUCUUUCUUCCUUCCUUCCUUCCUUGCUUCCUUCUUUCCUUCCCUCUCUCCCUCCCUCCCUCCCUCGCUCCUUCCCUUCCUCCUUUCCUCCCUUCCUACUUUCCUUCCUUCCUUCUGACAGGGUCUUGCUCUAUUGCUCUGUCACCCAGGCUGGAAUGCAGUGGCAAGAUCUCCGCUCACUGUAGCCUCCUCCCCCUGGGUUGAAGCAAUUCUCAUGCCUCAGCCUCCCAAGUAGCCAGGACUAUAGGCGCCUGCCACCAUGCCUGGCUAAUUUUUGUAUUUUUUUUUUUCUUUCUUUCUUUCUUUUCUUUUUUUUUUUUUUUUUUUUUGAGACAGAGUCUCACUCUUGUUGCCCAGGCUGGACAACAAUGGCGCGAUCUCGGCUCACUGCAACCUCCACCUCCUGGAUUCAAGCGAUUCUCCUGCCUCAGCCUCCUGAGUAGCUGGAACUACAUGUGCGUGCCACCACGCACAGCUAAUUUUUAUAAUUUUUGUAGAGAUAGGGUUUCACUGCGUUGGCCAGGAUGAUCUCGAUCUCUUGACCUUGGGAUCCACCCGCCUUGGCCUCCCAAAGUGCUGGGAUUACAGGUGUGAGCCACCAUGCCCGGCCCUAAUUUUUGUGUUUUUAUUAGAAACAGAGUUUCACCAUGUUGGCCAGGCUGGAGAAUUGCUGUAAUAGUUUUCCAACUGGCCCCUGUCCUUCCUCUCUCUUGCUCUCCUCCCAUCUCAUCUGCACCUAGCAGCCAGAGUGAUCCUGACACUCUUGGCCUUUACUUCCGCCUCCCUCAGAGCAGCAGCCUGUCAAAACACCAGAUUACAACAAAUUUAGUUUAAAGGUCUCAAUUAGCGUUAUUGGCAAUUCUAGAAUCAGGCAAUAGACUCAUUGAAUCAAGAACAGAUUCACUCCAUAAAAUACAGAGAGUGCUGCAAUGAGCUGGGUAGAAGAGGUUAGUUUUAUAGACAGGAAGGGGCUGUCAAAGGCAGAAAGAAAUGAAGAACAAAAAAAAAGAUUGAUUUUUUUUUUUGAGACAGGAUCUCACUCUGUCAUCCAGGCUGAAGUCCAAUCCCACAAUCAUGGCUCACUGCAGCCACCACCUCCUGAGCUCAAGUGAUCCUCCCAUCUAAGCCCCCAAGUAGCUAGGACUACAGGAGCACACCACCACACCUGGCUAAUUUUUGUAUUUUUUGUGGAGACAGGGUCUCAGUAUGUUACCCAGGUUGGACUGGAACCCCUUGGCUCAAGCAAUUUGCCUGCCUCAGCCUCCCAAAGUGCUGGGAUUACAGGCGUGAGCCACUGCACAGGGCCAGAUUCGUCAUUUCAAAGUUACUUUCUAUAUGCGGCCGGAACAGGGUGGUUGACAUCAGUUUUCUUCAGGUUACUUUUUAAUAAUGAUUAAAACGGGGAACUUCAUUACCAUGAGCAUGGUUACUGUCUGCAUUAUUACGCCAACUGAAACUGUCAUGUUUGGGAAUUUGGCUGUUAACUCUGUCUCCAGGAGUCUCAAAGGUCAGAUAACAACUUAGUUUCGGUUUGAGGACAUGGAACUUUAAUACGACAGAUUCCAUUUUGGUUUGGUCUGGUCAGCUGGGACCUAGUGCAGGAGGUUAGUCCAAAACAAUGGCCUUCCAUAGUUUUUAUUUAACAAGCCCAACUCCUUACGGUAAUCCUUUAAGGCCUAUGUGAUCUGCCCCCACCCUGGCUACACUCUUUGUCCUUAUGUCCACCAGCCUCCAGUGCUCCAGACACAACUGAUCUCAAAUACUCCUGACACAUCCCCCUGGGGAUUCCUCUUCCUGGAUUGCUCUCCUCUCAGCUGUCUGCUUGGCUCGCUCUCUCACCUUCUGAGGUCUUAGCUCAGAUACCACCUUUCACUCACCUGUCCAACCUAUUUAACACAAACUGGCCCAUCUCUGACGCUCCUGAUCUUCCUGAUGCUCUAUUUUUAAAUUUUUUCAAUAGUGCUUAUUUCUUUCAGACAUUGUAUAUGUUUCUCCUAUUUGUGAUGUUCAAUGGCUACUGUCCCCACCCACAUUGUCCCAGGUGAAUUCCACAAGGUAGGGAUCUUGGUUAGGCUCACUGCUGUACCCAACCCCCUAACACAGGGCCUGGUGUGUAGGUUUUCAGAAAGUAUCUGUUAAAUGCAUGGGUGGAGGAGGGAGCAUUUUCCUUCUGGCACUGCUGGGGAAAAAGAACCUAAGGCCUUCCACUCACCAGGGUUCCACAUUCUCUGUAGUCCAGCUGGGAAAUGCUAUUAAAAGGACCAUUCUCGUAGCCUUGAUGGUGGACCCAGCAUCUGGCAAUCAGGAGGGCCUUGAAGUACUCUGCCUAGGGAAUGUCCCAGGACCAUGUACAGUCUGCAGAAGGAGGCAGUGAACACACUUGGCCUAGGCCCCAUCUCAGGAGCCUUCACAUCUCCCUGGGACCUGCACAAUCAAGUCCAAAAUCUUUGUCUGAUGUCAAGGCUAGGGCUUUUGCAAAUAGGAUCCCAUACAUCUUCCAGCCCUCAUACUCCUCCACUCCCUUUUCAUUUCCUGAACAUUCCAACUUCUAUGCCUUUGCUCUUGUGGGCUCCCUCAUGUAAUUAGGAUAAUUUCCAGCCAGGUAUUCCCUCACCCUUGUUUUAUAACUGAAUCCCACUUUCUCUGGGACUCCACUGCUUGGUCACUCUGCCCUGUGCUUUGAGAGGAGGUUGGGUGGAGCAUGGGACAUGGGCCAAUUACUGCCUUCACAUUUCCCUGGUCACGGUGAUUUUUUAAGGGGUGGGCACAUGACCUAGGUAGAGCCAAUGAAGUGCAAUGUCACUAGAACAUGUGAGAAGAGAGGCAUGAAACCGAAGCUGAGAGGGUUUGAGAUCUGGAGCUACUCCUUCCUCCACCCAGACUUCAGAAGGUGAAGGAGAUAGUGCAUGUGAGUGAGCAGAUCCCGAGGGCACUGUUUGAGCCUCAGAAUCAAAGCACUUCUGAAGUUCGUCCCAAUCUUGGAUUCGACAGUUACAAGAACCAAUAAAUUCCUUUCCUUGUGGA